UCCCUAGCUUUGCGCCCGCCGCUCACUACACUUGUUACUGCUUGUCCUGAGCGCGGAGAGGGCGAGCUCAGGCCUCGGGCAGGGCGGGAGCCGGCAGCCAACCAGCGAGAGACGGAGAGCGGUGCAGAGAUCGCAAUAUUAUCCACUCUAACCCGCCAUCCAACCACACCCCCCCAACACACCCAGCCACUCCACCCUCCGGGAGAGGCAGUCUUCGGGGCCCGCUCUCUGCACCCCGGGAAAAAGCCCAGCCAUGAGCAAUCAGUACCAGGAGGAGGGCUGCUCCGAGAGGCCCGAGUGCAAAAGUAAAUCUCCAACUUUGCUGUCCUCCUACUGCAUCGACAGCAUCCUGGGUCGGAGGAGCCCGUGCAAAAUGCGGCUGCUGGGAGCCGCACAGAGCUUGCCCGCCCCGUUGGCUAGCCGCAACGAUCAGGAAAAGAACGUUCAAGGCUCCCCCAAGGGCAGCAGCGCCCCGUUCGAGGCUGAGCUGCACCUGCCGCCCAAGCUCCGGCGCUUGUACGGCCCCGGCGGGGGCCGCCUCCUCCAGGGCGCCGCAGCGGCCGCGGCGGCCGCGGCGGCGGCGGCCGCGGCUGCGGCCACGGCCACGGCCACGGCGGGGCCGCGGGGGGAAGCGCCGCCGCCGCCGCCGCCGCCGCCGCCCAGCGCGCGGCCCGGGGAGCGGCCGGACGGCGCGGGGGUGGCGGUGGCCGCCGCCGCGGCCGCCGCCGCCUGGGACACGCUGAAGAUCAGCCAGGCGCCGCAGGUGAGCAUCAGCCGCAGCAAGUCGUACCGGGAGAACGGGGCGCCCUUCGUGCCGCCGCCGCCCGCGCUGGACGAGCUGGCUGGCCCGGGGGGCGCCGCGCACCCCGACGAGCGCCUCGGCCCGGCCGGCGGCCCCGGUGGCGCCCCGGCGGCGGCGGGGACCGGCCCGGGCGCCGAGGACGACGAGGAGGAGCUGCUGGAGGACGAGGAGGACGACGACGACGAGGAGGAGCUGCUGGAGGACGACGACGAAGAGCUGCUGGAGGACGACGCGCGCGCGCUGCUCAAGGAGCCCCGGCGCUGCGGCGUGGCCGCUCCCGGCGCGGUGGCCUCGGCCGCGGCCGCUGCCGUGGCCCCCGAGGGCGGCGAGCUGUCGCCCAAGGAGGAGCUGCUGCUGCACCCCGAGGACGCCGAAGGCAAGGACGGCGAGGACAGCGUGUGCCUGUCGGCGGGCAGCGACUCCGAGGAGGGGCUGCUGAAACGCAAGCAGCGGCGCUACCGCACCACGUUCACCAGCUACCAGCUGGAGGAACUGGAGCGGGCCUUCCAGAAGACGCACUACCCCGACGUCUUCACCAGGGAGGAACUGGCCAUGAGGCUGGACUUGACUGAGGCCAGAGUCCAGGUGUGGUUCCAGAACCGGCGGGCCAAGUGGCGCAAGCGGGAGAAGGCAGGGGCGCAGACCCACCCUCCCGGGCUGCCCUUCCCGGGACCCCUGUCGGCCACACACCCGCUCAGCCCCUACCUGGAUGCCAGCCCCUUCCCCCCGCACCAUCCGGCGCUCGACUCGGCUUGGACGGCCGCUGCCGCCGCCGCAGCCGCUGCCUUCCCGAGCCUACCUCCGCCUCCCGGCUCGGCCAGCCUGCCGCCCAGCGGGGCGCCGCUGGGCCUGAGCACUUUCCUCGGAGCCGCCGUGUUCCGGCACCCGGCCUUCAUCAGCCCUGCGUUUGGCAGGCUCUUUUCCACCAUGGCCCCCUUGACCAGCGCGUCGACCGCGGCCGCGCUCCUGAGACAGCCCACGCCGGCCGUGGAGGGCGCGGUGGCGUCGGGCGCGCUGGCCGACCCGGCCACGGCGGCCGCAGACAGACGCGCCUCUAGCAUAGCGGCGCUGAGGCUCAAGGCCAAGGAGCACGCGGCGCAGCUCACGCAGCUCAACAUCCUGCCGGGCACCAGCACGGGCAAGGAGGUGUGCUAAAGGCUGCCCGCCACACCGCGCGCCCCGGGCGCGCCCCGAAAGGUCACCUCACUCAGCACCACUCUAGACCAAAUGGAAACCGAGGACCAGCACACACCCGAGACGGCACUGAGAGCGCAGCCGCCCCCCACCCCCCCGCAGCAGCCUGGACGCGGGCGCGAGGCAGCCGUCGGUGCCAGUGGACUUGGCACCUCCUCGGCGGGCUGUCCACCCGCCCCCGCCCCUGUCCUUGCCCCUGCCCCUGUCACUGCCAACCUCGCUCCAACUCCAACGUCCACACUCUCCCGUUCUUACUUUAC